AUGAUCGCACGCCUUCACAUCAUAGGGUCGAAGAAGGCCAGCACAAGCUCGCUGUUUAAACUCUUCGCCGACGGCACGACUGUGUGUGGCUCGCUUGAGCCCUCAGCUCAGAACAAGAAGGAGCCGGCUAUCUGGUACAGAGAUGUGCACACAAAGACGCCUGGCCAAUACCUUGACAGCUGGCCGCAGCCCGGCUCCAAGCAAACAAAUUGCACCGAGUACAUGGACGCCAACCCCGUACGUCUCAAGGACGUCUCCGCCGCAGAGGCACUGUGGAGGUUCGCUGAGGCGAGCAGAUCGCCCACACAGCUUGUGCGCAUAGUCGCCGUCAUUCGCGAGCCCAUCUCGCGACAGCUAUCGCUCUACAAUCAUCUGCUGACUCAGCCACCUUCAACUUGGGAGGUGAAAUGGGCUUGUCCCGAAGUCGAAGCUCUGCCCCGCAUGGGACUCGCACCCUCAUUCGAUGAGCUAGCGCGCUGCGAAAUGUUUGAGUGGCUGCGGUACUGCGGGAUGCAGGACUUCUCCGCGGCGUGCUAUUGGGCGCGAGCGUGGAAAACGAACCCGCGUGGUAAGGCGGUGGGCGUCAUGGGCAGUAUGUACCAUCUACAACUGCAGCAAUGGGAGCGCACAUGGCCAAGGCAACAGGUGCUAGUUGUGCAGUUUGAGAUGCUCGUCGGUAUGCUGCAGACCCUUUAUACGCCAUGGAACGGCCUACUCAACCGGGCGCUUGCCGCCGCCCACAAGGCAGGCAAGGCGCCUCCUGAAGAGUUGCUCUUUGAGAUUGGCGCUAGUGUCGUGGCUUGCUCUGAUGAGGAGGGCGGCAGGGCGCAGCGCGCGCUCGACCUGCGGGAGCUGGCGCAGAUGUACCAGGUGCCGCGCCUCGAGCUGCUAUGCGCGCAGGCGCUGCAGGAGAGCGUCGGGCCGGCGACCGCCGUGCCGCUGCUCGACGUGGCGCACACGCUGGGCGACGGGCGCCUCCUCCUCGCGCAGUGCCGCCGCUUCGUGGCCGACCACGCCGCCGAGGUGCGGGCGAGCGGCGGCGUGGAGCAGCUGCGCGACUUGGGCGUGGCCAAGGGGCUGCUCGGCGACGCGCUCGACCAGGUGGCGGAGCUGAAGGGGACGGUGGCGGCGCGCGACGUGGAGCUCGAGAAGGUCCGGGCGGAGGUGGCCGAGCGGGCAUGA